UGAUGGUGAUGUGCUCUUUAAUAGAUUUUCAUAUAACCUCAUCAAGUUUACUCGGAGAUUGAACAUUUUGGUGUCAUUUUGGAAAGCUACAUCCACCAAAUAUGUAAUUCUUACCAACUUUUUUCAGUGCAGAUUUAGGGAAGUGUCGAAAUUGUGUCUAUCACACUGGAAGACAAAGUAAUAUGUUUUUGUGUUGUUAGCUCAUAGUGCCAAUAGGCAUUUAUGGUACAGUGAUAUUUGAUAGUUUACAUGGUUGUCUCCUGGUUCCUGGUAGCAAAGAUGGUCAGCACCUGCCCUGCUUAUCUUGCCUGGUGACCAUGUAGUGAUUCAAUUGAGACAUUUGUCAUUACAAAAUACUGAGAAAUCAGUCAGUUAUGGUUAAUCUGGAUAUCGUGUCUGUGUUACCUAUAAGCACAAAACUCACGUGUCAUGAAGAAGGGUUCGGUGACCUUGCCGUAAAUGUAAAAAAAAAUUGGGGGGCAUGUGUCUAGUAUGGCUGUAAUAGCAGAAAUUUAAUAUUUUCUAAUUCCAGCAAACUCUGCAUCAGUUAAGAGUAAACAUUGAAAUUACUUUAUUUUGUUUAUAACUGGGAUUUGUGGGUAGUGGUAUAUUAGGAUUUCAUGGUAUCUAUACAACUGAUCCCUCCAGUCAUGAGCUGUCACUUGUGAGGUCAUUCCUGAGGCCGCCAAUUACAACUUUCCACGGUAGGUUCAGUUACACUUUUCAUUUGUUUUAGAGACAUGCCAGGUGUUCUGAUAGAGGCUCACUGUCAUUUGUUAAUAUGACUACCCAGUGGAGGGAGGUAAAGUGAACAGUGCUAGUGUUCAGCAGGAAAAGAAGUCACUAUUUGAGAUAUUUAGCAACAGCAAUGGUUAAGAUGUGAUAUACAGACAUAAGGAAGAGGUUACAUGUGUUUAUUAAGGAAGCCGCCAAACUGCACCCACUUCCAUCGCCCUGAGAAUCUUCACACCACACAGUAACUGGCUCAUAAUCCAGAUCAAGAGGACCACUGUCAUAGUGCCCUCGGCAAGCCUGUUCCUGCCUUCCUCAAAGGACACCUCAGUGACUGGUGGUACUAAGGAAACACCUCAGGCCAGCUGCUCUGCCCACCACUGACAUAAAGGAUCUUCAUUACUUCUCAUUGGGCGUACUCAUCCACUGAUCAGUUCUAGUUUUGCCCUCAAGGACAGCAUGGGGAGAGACCUUCAGGAACCUUCCUGAUUUCAGCUAUCAAGAAAGCUCCUGAAAGACUGAGUGACUAUAUAUAUAUGUUACAGUGUUAGUAGUAGUGAAACAGUUGUGCUAAAGUUGGAAAAGAGCAGGAGUUGCUAGAGUAAGCAAGGAUCCCUCUUCUCACUUCUGAUGGCAUAGACAGAGAUGUUACAAAUAUGAAUGAUCAGAGUGUGGAAGACAUUGUGUGAAAAGCCUCACCCCACCCAGCAUGUGAUCUCUAAUAGCAUUAGAAGUGAUGAAGGUUAACAGUAUGGAAAAGAAAAAGAUUAUUUGAAAAUCUCAUUUUACCUCAUUUGUCUUGAUAUUCAGUAGUGGUAGGAAUUUUUUAUCCCAAUAGUUCAGAAAAAGUUUAUUAAAAAUACCACCUCUCUGAGUUUUAGUUUACAAAGACUGAUGAAAUUUGUGAAGGUCAGAAAAAUAUUAAGAGAUAUACACUUGGUUGUCACAUCCAUACACACGUUGGUGACAAACACUUUGAAUCCCUAAAGUGUGGAAAAAAUUGUUUCUCAUAGAUAUAUUGCCAUAUUUGACACAUCCUUACAUAUCCUUAUACUGGGAAGGUGACUUGUGCCAUUCAUCUUGUCUUUGAUUUUGGAGCAGUGGAGGCUACAGAUAUAGACCACACCAUGAGUCACUUGGAACAGCAGGAUCAGUCUGCCUCAAGAGAAUGGGAAGGUGAGGGGCAUCAGGAGGAUCACCCCAUUACAGAUAACUCUGCUCAUGAAGAGGAUGAAGAGUUUGAGUGUUCAGAAAGUGGAAGCAAUUUUCAGACGAAGAAUGAGCUGGUUGAACACGCCCUGAGACAGUGUGAUAUUGGACAUUUUGUGUGCCAAGAAUGUGGAGAGCAAUUUGCUGAUGAGUCUGACCUCACUAGACACACUCUCACUCACAGAGAUGUAAACACAAACGGAAAGUUUUCUGAAUGCCGAAAGUGUGGAAAAAUUCUCUCUUGGGAGUCUGAUAUUACUAAACACAUCCAGAUACACACUGGUGAUGUAAACUUUAAUCCCAAUGAUAUGGAUGAGGAGCAAUCUCGAGAAAACCAGGAAAAUAUUUUGAGAGGUGUAGAAAAUGCUUCUCCUGGUCAGAUGGACAUGGAAGCUUCAGAGAUUGGCAGCAGUAUGGAUGGCCAUGAGACAUCUGCCUCAGGCGAGUGGCAGGCUGAAGCAAAUCAGAUGAAUCACCCUUCACAGGAGAGUCACUUUGAGUGUUCAGAUUGUGGAAAAGCCUUCAGCAUGAAAAGCAACCUUGCUAGGUAUGGUCCCAAUCAUCUGGGUAUUAUGACAUUCAGAUGUGAAGAGUGUGAAAGUAGAGAGUCUCAUCCUCCUCAACAUGAUGAAUAUAAUGUUGGAGAUUAUGAAUGUCAAGAAUGUGGAAAAAGAUUCAUUCAGAAAUCUAACCUUACCACACACAUGCUGAUACACAGUGGUGUUCGAAAUUAUGGAUGCCAGGAGUGUGGAAAAAAAUUCCUUCAGAAAAGUCAUCUGCUUGACCACAUAUCAACACACAUUGAUGAGAAAAAUUAUGAAUGCAAGUUAUGUACUGAAACAUUUAGCCUGAAAUCUUCUCUUGAUAAACACUUCCACUCACACACUGAGCUCAAAAGGUUUGAAUGCGCACACUGUGAAAAAAAAUUUGCACGAAAAUCUUACCUCAAGGUUCACAUAAAGAAAUGUGCCAUUGCUAAGAAGGAGAUGUCUGCCAGUCAUCCUGAUAGUGAUGAAGGUGCAGUGGAGGCUGCAGAUGCGAGCCAUGAGUCUGUCAUAAGUGUGAAGAAAGAAGAGGAGGAUCAGAAGGACUACCCUGAUACAGACACCGCUGCUCAGGAGGAGGAAAUGCAUCAGUGUCCAGGAUGUGGAAGCUCUUUUCAGACAAAGAGUGAACUGGUUGAGCACACCCUCAGACAGUGUGAUAUUGGAAAUUUUGAGUGCCAUGUAUGUAGCAAAAAAUUCACUCAUAAGUCUAACCUCACCAGACACAUGCAGAUUCACACUGGUAUUAAAAAUCACGAAUGUCCAGAAUGUGGGAAAAAAUUCUUUCAGAAGGGUAAUCUCAAACAACACAUGCUUACUCAUAGGGGUGACUGUAAUUAUGAAUGUAAGAAAUGUGGAAAAAAUUUCUUUUUGUUGUCUAGCCUUGUUAGACAUAGCCAUGUACACAAUAUGACAAAUGAUGAAUGCCAAGAGUCUGAAAUGAACUUGACACUUGACGACACUCAGGUUGCCAGCAGUGACAUUGAAGAGGAGGAAAGCAGUCAGCUUGCCAGGACUGAUGCUGCAAUAGAGUGUGUAGACUUGGACAGUAGUGUGAGCAGCUCAGAUAUGCAGAAAAUGUCUGAUUCAGCUGUGGGGGAUAAGGAGAAUCACCUUGUCACAGACACCUCUGUUGAGGAAGAAGAGGUCAAUUUUAAGUGUUCAGAAUGUGGAGAACCUUUUCAGACCAAAAGCAAGCUUGCUGCACAUACUCUUAGACACAGUUCUGUUAGAACUUUUGAAUGUGAAGUGUGUGGCAAAGUAUUCACUUAUAAGUCUAAUCUUACCAGACACCUUUUGAUACACAGUGGUAUUAAAAAUUAUGAAUGUGAACGGUGUGGGAAAAGAUUCAGUCAGAAAGGUAAUCUUCUUCAACACAUGGUUAUACACAGAGGUGACAAGAAUUAUGUGUGUCAGAGAUGCGGAGAAAAAUUCUAUUUAAAGUGUAGCCUCUCUCAGCACGUGUGUACACAAGCCAGUGUUGGGGGUGAUGGAUACCAACAAUCGGGAAAGUUACAUGCUCAUUCUUCUCUUCCUCAGCAUGAUAAUUUUGGUGUGAAUUUGGGAUCACAAGGUAAGAAUAUUACCAACAGUAAUGUAGCAGCAUACAUCAUAGUUGAUGCUGUACGGCUGGGCAACAGUGGGGGCAGCAUGGAGCUGCAGGAACAAUCUGCCUCAAAUGUUUCACAGUCUUUGGGAGAGCAGUUGAAUCACCUUGCUGCAGGCUCCACUGCCUACAAAGAAGACAAAAGAUAUGAGUGUGCUCAGUGUGGGAAAAGAUUUACUUUUAGAUCUAAUCUCACUAGACAUUCUAUGAUACAUAGUGGUGUCAGAAAUCAUGAAUGCUUACAGUGUGGAAAAAAAUUCAACCAGAAAGGUAACCUGAAUCAGCAUAUGCUUACACAUAGAGGUGAGAAAAAUUAUGUGUGUCCAGGAUGUGGAGAGAAAUUUCAUUUGAAGUGUGCCCUCAGUAAGCAUGUAUGUUCAUUCACUAGUGCUUGAAAUUAUGCAUGCCAGAAAUCUGGAAAAAUACACUCAGAAGUCUUCCAUCACUCAGCCUGUUAAAUAAACUUGGCAUUUCACAUCAAGCAUGUUGCCAAUUGAAUUCCAGUGGAUGUUACCAAUAUGAAUAGUAUUUUAAAUAGGGAAUACCAGGAGCAGUCUGCUCAAAUGUCUUGUUACAGAUGAGAUUUUACAAAGAGAAGUGGGAAGUAUUCAGAGUGUGAAAGUCUAGAAAUAAUCAGUCUUGCCGACCACACAUCCAUAUUUUUUUUUCUAUUUUUUAUUUAUUAUUUAUUCAUUUAUAUAUAUUUUUGUCAAUCCUACAUUCAUUCAGGAAGUUAAGUCUCACUUAAAAAGGUGAUCGUACUGGAUCCAAUUUGAUCCACACUGGUGUUAGAAAUUAAUGUAAGAUGUGCAAGAGAUUCCUUGAAAGAUCAUUGCAUUCAGCAUAUGCUCUGUUUCCUAAUCAUUUUAUUCUUAAUAAAUUGCUGUGGAUGCAGUUGUUUAUUUAAAGACUUUCUUAUUGAAUGUGUUACUUUUUUUUUUUUGCACAAUGGUUGCACUCCAUGAGGGGUCUUGCAUAUUUGUGUUACUUCUCAUAACACAAUUGUUAUGGUCUUUCCUGUUAUUAAUAAAGAUUCAUAUGCA